AUACCUCAUUUCUGCAAGUACUCGAUCUCCUCUCUCUUCUGGUUCGAAUUCGAUUCUCUCUCUAGUCCUAGGAGGCCCCAAAUUGAAUCAGUUUUUCGAAACCCUAAGAUCGCUUAGCUUCCUCCGAAUUCGUUCGCCGUCGUGCAUUCUCCGGCGCAAAUUUUUCGGGUACAGUUCAGAUUCUUGUUGAGAAAGCGAGGUGGAUUUUGGAAAAGAAUUGUGAGAUUUAUGAAAGGAUGAGAUUUGAAGGAUGAACGAUGCCAGUACUGCGUAACGGAGUCCGCAGGGGCCGGGCAGCGCAGCAGCAGCAACAGCAGCAGCAGCCGCCGCCGCCUAAUCCGAAUCCGGUUCGAGAAGGCGAAGCGGCUAUUGCUACGAGAACUCGGCGGCGGAGAGCGGCGGCGGCGGCGGCAGCAGCGGAAGUGCCCCGCAACGAUCAUCCGGUAAAUGCUAACGUAAUUGCCCCGGCAGCGGCGGCGGUGGCAGAAGAGAACAGGCUUUUGGAGGAGCCGUUACUGCGUCUCGGCGGCGGUGCUGGUGAUAUUUGUGGUGGCGCUGGGAGAGAGGAGGUAGGUGUGAAGCCCAUGGCUGAUUAUGAUAGCGGUGGUAAGAGCGGUGACAAGGGUCACCCCGGCGACGAUGAAAGUCCGCUUCCUGAAAGAGUUACAGUUGGUGGUUCUCCUUUAUACAAAAUAGAAAGAAAGCUGGGAAAGGGAGGUUUUGGACAAGUUUAUGUUGGUCGCCGUGUUUCUGGUGGUACAAUUGAUAGAAAUGGACCUGGAGCUGCUGAGGUGGCACUAAAGUUUGAGCAUCGAAGUAGCAAAGGAUGUAAUUAUGGACCACCCUAUGAAUGGCAAGUUUACAAUACUCUUGGUGGCAGUCAUGGUGUUCCUCGAGUACAUUAUAAAGGUCGACAAGGUGACUAUUAUGUCAUGGUUAUGGAUAUGCUGGGACCUAGCCUGUGGGAUGUUUGGAAUAAUAACACUCAUAUGAUGUCCACACAAAUGGUGGCAUGCAUUGCUGUUGAAGCAAUAUCCAUAUUGGAGAAGAUGCAUUACAGGGGUUAUGUGCAUGGGGAUGUAAAACCUGAGAACUUUCUGCUCGGUCCUACAGGAACACCUGAUGAGAAAAAAUUAUUCUUGGUUGAUCUUGGAUUAGCUACUAGAUGGCAAGAUGGUUCAUCUGGUCUGCAUGUAGCUUAUGACCAAAGGCCAGAUGUUUUCAGGGGAACAGUGCGCUAUGCUAGCGUGCAUGCUCAUUUAGGCAGAACUGGCAGCAGGAGAGAUGAUUUGGAGUCUCUUGCUUACACACUUAUUUUCCUUCUCCGUGGUCGUCUGCCUUGGCAAGGGUUCCAGGGUGAGAACAAAGGUUUCCUUGUUUGCAAGAAGAAAAUGGCGACUUCUCCAGAGAGUUUGUGCUCCCUUUGUCCGCUGCCUUUUAGACAGUUUGUUGAAUAUGUGGUGAACUUGAAAUUUGAUGAGGAGCCUAAUUAUGCAAAAUAUAUAUCUCUCUUUAAUGGGAUAGUAGGUCAAAAUCCAGAUGCUAGGCCAAUUAAUACAGAUGGUGCACAAAAGCUUAUGUACCAAGUUGGUCAUAAGAGAGGUCGGCUAACCUUGGAUGAUGAGGGAGAUGAACAACCCAAGAAAAGGGUUCGUAUGGGAGUGCCUGCAACACAAUGGAUUAGUGUUUACAAUGCUCGUCGACCUAUGAAACAAAGGUACCAUUACAAUGUGGCAGAUGCAAGGCUAGCUCAGCACAUCGAGAAAGGAAAUGAAGAUGGUUUAUUUAUUAGUAGCGUAGCUUCUUGGCAGAAUCUAUGGGCGUUAAUCAUGGAUGCUGGCACUGGUUUCACACCUCAAGUUUAUGAACUGUCACCCUGCUUUUUUCACAAGGAAUGGAUCAUGGAACAGUGGGAGAAGAACUACUACAUCACUGCAGCAGCGGGAGCUGCAAACGGGAGUUCAUUGGUAGUAAUGUCAAAAGGCACGCAGUAUUUACAACAGUCUUACAAAGUUGGCGAUUCCUUUCCGUUCAAGUGGAUAAACAAAAAGUGGAAAGAGGGUUUCUAUGUUACUUCCAUGGCCACUUCAGGAAGUCGGUGGGGAGUUGUCAUGUCUCGGGGAGCAGCAUUUUCAGAUCAGGUUGUUGAACUUGAUUUUCUUUACCCUAGUGAGGGUAUACAUCGACGUUGGGAUGGUGGAUAUCGCAUCACUGCAACUGCGGCAACUUGGGACCAGGCUGCUUUUAUUCUUAGCAUCCCAAGAAGAAAGCCACUUGAUGAAACACAGGAGACAUUGAGGACUUCUGUUUUUCCUAGCACACAUGUCAAGGAGAAGUGGGGGAAGAAUCUGUACAUUGCACAUGUCUGUUAUGGUCGUACAGUCUCGUAAAGAUGCUAAGCGUCUUCUCUCACCAGCGAACCAUCUGUGUAGCAAGCUGUCAAUGCUGGUUUUGGAUAGUCAGUAAGCAAACUUACCUGCUAUCCUCGUCUCUUCUUUUCUGAAGAGUCUGGAGAAGCUCUGACAAACCCAGACUUAUGUUAAUUGUAGCUAUAGUAUGGGAGCCAUCGGCCUUCUUGUUGUGUCUAUAAUGUGGAUAUUCUGUUUUAUGUCCUGUAGCAGUUAGAGCCCAAAAGGAUGGCGGCUGUCUUAUUGCUACCAUCAAGUUUGUACAGCUCUUAUAACAAUUGAGUACCUUGGUUUUGGUCUUAUGUUUUGCCUUUUCAA